AUGAACGGCAAUCAACAAUGGACGCCUUCAUCGGGACCCCAAGUCAAUGGCAACAGACCUUUCCACUUUCCCGAUGAUGGCCCAAGACGUACCCAAACACCCAUCGACAAUUCCCAAUCUCAAUCCCAAUCCCAGUCCCAGUCUCACUCCCAGAACUCGAUGCCUGAGGCAUCCACAUCUGAUAGCACCGACGAUGACCGUCAACGCGCCUUCUUUGCCGACCUCUUUCGCAAGACCGAAGCAAACAUCGCGCACAUAUUUGGAGACGACGGAUCCUACAAUUACCCCGGCAUACACUCCCUCCGCCGCCCCGUCGCCCUCGCCGCACCCCUGCUACCUCCAACCACCGACCAUGCGCCCGUCGAGGAGCGCCCACUCAAGCGCGUAAAGCGUGUCAUCGACGAAGAUGAUUAUGGCGACGAUGAUGAUGACGAAGAAGAAGAUGAUGAAGAAGACGACGACAGUCAAGGUGCCACGCAGCUCAACUCUAAAGCUGCUCAAGCCCACAAGGGUUUAUUAUCCCCCUCCAAAUCCGGCAGUUCUCCUGGACACUCCGUUACCACUCCCGAAAAACAAGCCGACAAGUCCAAAGAAGACCUGUCACAAGGUUCGCAAGCAUCUCAAGACCGCAACAAGUCAUCUGAAGAUGCGCGCAAAAAGUUGGAGGAGGACCGCGUCGCCACCGAGCAGGCUGUCAAGCGCAGCUUCCACACCGUGUUCUAUACCCUCGAGAACGAUCGCACAGCUAUGCUCGAACAACAGCAGUUAGAAGAGUCCGAAAAGCUGCUCCAGGCUGAGAUGGACAAGAACAAUAAUGGCCAGUCCAAUACUGGCGCGACCGGCGAGAAUCAUGGUUCUCUCAGUAGCGCAAAUCUUGGCGCUUCAAGUCUCACGCUCAAGCAUCUCAUUGCCCGAAUCGACAUGAAGCGCGAUAUGGUCCGCGCCUCGGAUGCUGAACUGCGCCAUCUUAUGAACGAAGUCAGAAAGAACCGAAGCAAGUGGGCUAGCGAGGAGAAUGUCAAUCAGGAAGAAUUAUACGAGGCAGUGGAAAAAGUCCUGACAGAACUUAAGGCGCAUACCGAAUAUUCGACCCCUUUCUUACAGAAGGUCAACAAGAGGGAUGCGCCUGACUACUACAAUCUCAUCAAAACCCCCAUGGAUCUGGGUACCAUGACAAAGAAGCUGAAGUCUACCCAGUACAAGUCCAAGGCGGAUUUUGUGGGAGAUCUAAAUCUGAUUUGGGACAACUGCCUCAGAUACAACCAAGACAUGAAUCACCCGUUACGCAGAAUGGCCAACGGCAUGCGCAGGGAAGCUGAGAAACUGAUCCCGCUAAUCCCUGAUCUGGUCAUCCGACCACGUGCUGAAGUGGAAGCCGAAGAACGCCGUAAGCUGAACGGCGGAGAGGACGACAAUGGCGAUGAUUCCGACGAUGAACCCAUCAUGUCGUCGCGUGGGCGCAAUACCACAGGAGCGAAAGGCGCCAGCAAAUCUCGGAAAGCUCCAUCAGAUCAGAAGGAAGAAACGCCAAAUGUAGAUCAGAAACCCGUCUUGCAACUAAAUGGUUUGCUUGCGAAAGCCCACCGCGAAGGGUCUGAGUUGGACGGAAGUAAUGGCUUCGCAACACCGCCCGUAGGAGGCUCCAUAACUCCAGGCGGUGUGAACGGUAUAUCAGGUGUUGGCAGCAACGGAGAUGCCAUGGACAUCGACGGCCCGUCGCUGAAUGGCAUGGCCCUCAACCAGGCCCUCAACGAAGCUCAAGAACAAAUAUUCGAGGAUGAGGAGUACAAGAUCUACAAACAACUUACUAAAAAGGACCGCGCUCGAAUUGCCAUGCGCCGCAACCAGCUAUUCAAUGGCAGGAGACUGAAUGUCGAGGAGCCUGCUCUCCUCCGCACCAAAGCUGGUAUGCGCAACUACCUACGUCAUCAGCAGCAGGCAGAAGCUUUGGGUGCAGUCAGUCCUACAGCAGAGUCGUCAUCGGCAGCUGCCAAGGAUGCUUCAAAGGCAACAGAAACAUUGGCAGAAGGGAUGGAAGAGGAGGAAGUGGACACUCUCGCUCCUGCUUAUUACGAGCCGCAAAGUUUGGUACCGGACAUUCUCCCGAACUUGCGGUGGUCAGAGGAUGGCGACGGACAAGUCAUCAAUCAUCAUGAGGACUAUUUGAAGACUCUUCCCAGUGGUUUUUACACCGCUCCCAAAGGUGCACUCUCCGAGAGGCUCGACGCCAACUUGCGACAAAUGCAGGAAACGAGAAAGGUCUGCUCUAAAAUCGCCGUGGUGAAGCAAAUGCAAAUACAGGCCCAGGUCUACACAAAUCAGUUUCCCAAGUACGAGCCCGAGCCCUUCACGGAGCAGGACAUCGAGCCCCAUGUCAUCUGCAGUGCCGACAACUUAGUCAUGGACCCUACCGUCAACAGAGCUGCCCUGCAAAGAUCCGUUGCCAAAUUGUUUUAUCACGCCGGCUUCGAAGAAAUGCAGCCUUCUGCGAUGGAAGCCAUUACAGAUGUCGCUGCCGACUAUUUUCACAAGCUAGUGAAGACCUUCACGACCUACGCCGAGGCUGACGGGGUUGAUCCGACUCCAACAUACGCUCAACGUGGAGCUCAUGUGCAACCCCGGUUCACCGAUGAGGAGGUUCUACUCCAUACCUUGCAUGAAAACGGAUUCAGCAUUGAAGAUCUUGAUUCGUACGCCAAGGAUGAGGUAGAUAGGCUGGGCAACAAACUUGGAGUGAUGCACGAUCGUAUGAAGAACCACCUAGCAGAACUUCUUCGGCCUGCCCUCAACGAAGGCAUCACGGACGGAGGUGCAUCAUCAUUUAAUGAAGGCAGUGAGCAGUUCGUAAGUGGCGACUUCGCCGACGAGCUUGGCGAGGAUUACUUCGGAUUCAAGGAUUUGGGUCUUGCAGGGGAGCUCGGAGGCAUGUUGUCUGUCCCUCUACAUCUACUGCACUCUAGGGUACGAACGACCUACGCAAGCCAAAACACCACGUCAGGUCCUGUCGAUGUGCUGUUGUUCGACGAGCUUUCGCCUCCCGAUCCCGUUACCAAAGACAACAUCCAGAACGAGAUUGGUCUGGCCAAAAAUUUCUUCCUCGCCAAGUUACACGCCAAUGGCGACCAACCUUUGGUGGAAGACCUCGACUUACCGAUUAAACAACAGCGUCCCCGCCCACGUCUCGGCGCAACUGGCAAAAUCGUAGGCGCCCAAAAGAGGCCACCAAAGGAGCAGAACGCGAUUAACAAGAGAAAGAAGAAGAUGGAAGCUGCUGCGGCAGCAGCAGCUGAGAAAGGCAGUACGGUAAACGGAAGCCCCGAAAAGAGCAGAGAUAAGAAGUUGCCUGCGAAAGCUGGUGCUCUUCCCAAUGGCGCUCCCAACUCUGGGUCUGUAGCUACUGAAAUGCCCCAUGGUGAGGGCAUGCAAAGCCAGGGCAGUCAUGGCCAGACGGACAAGACCGGUACCGGUAUGAUGAGCCCCGAGAGUAACGAGUCCUAG